AUACACUUCUUCAAAGCCAUCGACAGCACCUCAUAUUGGGUUAUAUCAACUUGUUAAGCAUCAUGAAGACAUUCGCGUUCGUCAUCGCCUGCCUGUUGGUCACCGGAGCCCACUGCGGCGCUAUUUUCACCUACGGUGUCCCCGGCACCGUGUCAGUUGUUCAUCGGCCCGCAGUCCAGCCCGUGGUCCAACGUGUGGUGCACCAGCAGGUGGUUCAGCCCGUGGUGCACCAGACCGUGGUUCAGCCAGUGCUGCACCAGCCAGUGGUGCACGAGACCGUGGUGAGGAGCCCCCUGGUGCACCAGACGGUAGUGAGGGCCCCAUUGGUGGCUCAGCACAAGGAACUCGUCCACGUUCCACACCACGAGCACGGCUACACCAUCGAGCAGAGCAGGGUAGUCCAGCCAAAGUCCACCGUUGUCCACCAUGACGCACUGACCGGCCUGCCCUACCAGCAGACCGACUACCACCACGCCCCAGUGGUGACCGGAUCCCGCAGCUCGGUGUACCACAGCCGGCCAGGCUACAUCGCCGAGCGCACCAAGACCUACAUCCUCUGAACAUUUCACCCCCGACAAUCCCACUCCUGACCGACUUAACACCCAUCGACCAUCCUACAACCCCGCUCCUACGAAAUGUCUUUUGUGGGUGAAUAAAGUGGUUGCUCCCAGCGA